UUAUACUUUUCGGGAGGUCCGCAACUUUUCAGAAAUUCCGGUGGUUUUUUAAAUAGUCCGCAACUUGGCAUAUAAUUUCCGCUACUUUCUUCGAUAAAAUCCGAAAUCCGAUAAAUCCACGAAUGGCCGCAACAUAGAGUACGAUAAUUUUUUAGAAAGUCAGCAAUUUUUUUAAAAGUCCGCAACUUUUAAGAAGCAAUCCCCACAAUUUAUUUUCUACCUAUUUAAAUUAUUACUAUUCUAUUAAAAAAUUUUUUUUUAAUUUUCUAGAAGAGAUUAUUAUUUUGUAACAAAAGCAGAAAUGGAACGAGAUAUUAAAAACAAUUUAUUUAUUGAAGCUGGACAAUUUCAAAAUAAUCUUUAUGGGACAAGUAUUGCUGCUGUGCGUGAAGUUGCUGAUUCUGGACGUCAUUGUAUUUUGGAUGUUUCUGGUAAUGCAAUACGUCGAUUACAAGACGCUGCCAGAAUUUAUCCAAUUUCUAUUUUUGUUAAGCCUUUUAGCUAUCAACAAUUGCGAGAUUGGUCAGACCAACAAUUAACAGAUGAGGACGCCCUUAAACAAUAUGAACGUUGUCAACGACAAGAACAAAACUUUGGGGAUUUAUUUACUUCAAUAAUAACUGGUCAAACAGCAGAUGAAAUUUAUGCGCGUGUUUUGCGUAUAAUUAAUGAACAAUCAAGCAAUGAUAUUUGGGUGCCUACAAAUGAACAGUUGCCAUGA